CACUGGGAGUUUCUUUUCCUCCUCUUUCAUAAUUUCCCAUAAAGAAAAAACAGUCCCGAGGGCUUGAACGGGAUCUGUUUUGUGCUUCUGUCGUGUUUUGAUUGGCCACGUUGGCAGCCCAUCCCGCCCUGUGAUUGGUCGUCGACGCGUCAAUCAUUCGCCGUGCUCGAGAAAAAAGACUGCGUUGCGUCUGUGAUUUGACAGAAACGGAGUCGUGAUCGGUCGGUGGAGCCGUGGGUGGAGAGCCUUCCCCUAUUUACCUUCCUCUUCGCCCAGACUGUCGUCGUGCCCGCUCGCUGCCGGGACUCGUGGAGAAGUGUCACCAGCCGUGUUCGGGGGCUAACGGGUGCCGGUUGUUUGUUGACGUGUGCGUGAAGGGAGGACGCCCUGGGUGUGGACGGGGGUCUCCCCUCAACCAAACGAACCGAGCGUCGCUCGCCCAGGCUAAGCUAGCAGCAGCAGCAGCAGCAGCACGGCGCAACGGGCGGGGGUGGAUUUCCUCCUCUCGGCCCUCGGAAAGUGAACACAAAUAAGGUGUCGGGAGUAUGUCGCGGAACAAUGACAGGCGCGGGCAGCAGGUGUGACGGGGGAGGGGGCGACGCGUCGGUCGAUGAGCGUUUCUCACGCGGGCGAUAAAGAAGUGUGAAGCGGUUCAAGCUAGGCGAAGCUAGUCGGCUAGCCGAGUCGAUCGAGGAAGUUGAACAGCCAGCUCGGCGACAAACGUGUCGCUGGACCAAGGCUCGACUCAGACGCCCGAGUUACUGAGUGAAUCACCCACGCAGCCGACUUCUGUAUCAUUGGAGCUGAGGUGUGACAUGCUGCGAGUUACCGCUGUCGUUUAACCCGGACCCGACCACUAGCUCGAGAGUCGCCCCUUGUAAACAAAGGGUCCCGGGCGCCACCUGUCCACGGCGACGUGACACCCCGGGCGAUCGUCCGCGGAUCGUGUCGCCGACACCGUCGCCCUCUUCCCGUUGCUCCCGAGAGAAGCGAACCCGCCCGCGGACAUGGAUUUAAAGACGGCCGUGUUCAACGCAGCCAGGGACGGGAAGCUGCGGCUGCUCCAGAAGCUGCUGGAGAACAAAGAUGGACACGAGGUGACCAAGUUGAUGGGCGAGAAGACGAACGGGGCCACGCCGCUCCUGAUGGCGUCCCGCUACGGCCACCUGGACCUGGUCGAGUACCUGCUGGAGUGCUGCUGCGCCCCCGUGGAGCUCGGCGGCUCCGUGAACUUCGACGGCGAGACCAUCGAGGGAGCGCCGCCCCUCUGGGCCGCCUCGGCCGCCGGCCACCUGAAGGUGGUCCAGUCGCUGCUGGGCCACGGGGCGUCCGUCAACAGCACGACGCUGACCAACUCGACGCCCCUGAGGGCGGCCUGCUUCGACGGACACCUGGACAUUGUGAAGUACCUGGUGGAGCACAAGGCGGACCUGGAGGUGGCCAACAGACACGGACACACGUGUCUCAUGAUCUCCUGCUACAAGGGCCACAAGGAGAUCGCCCAGUACCUGCUGGAGAAGGGGGCGGAUGUCAACAGGAAAAGUGUAAAAGGCAACACAGCGCUUCAUGACUGUGCAGAGUCGGGCAGUCUGGAGAUCAUGCGGAUGUUGCUUCAGUAUGGAGCUUCCAUGGAGCAGGACGGCUACGGCAUGACGCCCCUUCUCUCCGCCAGCGUCACAGGCCACACCAACAUCGUAGACUACCUGACAGCGCACCAGCAGACGAGCCACAUGGAGCGCAUUGAUGCCCUGGAGCUCCUGGGAGCCACAUUUGUGGACAAGAAGAGAGAUCUGCUGGGAGCUUUGAAAUACUGGAAGAGAGCCAUGGACCUCAGGUGCACGGACAGUAACAACAUUGUCCAUAAACCGGAACCCAAGCAGCUGAUCAUGGCAUACGACUACGCCAGGGAGGUCACAAAUGGAGAAGAGCUGGACGGGCUGAUAUCUGACCCGGAUGAGAUGCGCAUGCAGGCUUUGCUUAUCCGUGAGAGAAUUCUCGGCCCACAGCAUCCUGACACGUCCUACUACAUCCGUUACCGGGGUGCCGUCUAUGCCGACUCAGGGAACUUUGAGCGCUGCAUCAAUCUGUGGAAGUAUGCGCUGGACAUGCAGCAGAGCAACCUGGACCCCCUCAGCCCCAUGACAGCCUCCAGCCUGCUGUCAUUCGCUGAGCUCUUCUCCUUCAUGCUACAGGACCGGGCCAAGGGGCUGCUGGGGACGUCGGUGUCAUUUGAGGACUUGAUGGGGAUCCUUACCAAGAGCGUGUUGGAGAUUGAGCGAGCGGUCAGGCAAAAUGGACCCAUGCCUCCCGACCCUGGCCAGCUCAGCAAGGCCCUGUCAAUCAUCCUGCACCUCAUUUGUCUUUUAGAGAAGGUGCCGUGUACUGCAGAGCAGGACCACUUCAAGAAGGAAACCAUCUAUAGAUUCCUAAAGCUCCAUCCGUGCGGUAAGAACGGUUACAGUCCACUCCACCUGGCAGUCGACCGCAACACCACCUGUGUUGGCCGCUACCCCGUCUGCAAGUUCCCCUCCUUCACAGUCGCCUCCAUCCUUCUUGAGUGCGGGGCGGACGUUAACAGUCGAGAUGAAGACGACAACAGUCCCCUCCACAUAGCUGCAUCAAACGGUCACCCUGACAUCAUGAACCUGCUGAUUUCCUGCGGGACUCACUUUGACAGCACCAACGCCUUCCAACAAAUGGCCUGUGACCUCCUGGACGAAAAGGAGCUGGCCAGGAAUGUCAUCCAGCCCAUAAACCACACCACGCUGCAGUGCCUAGCCGCCAGGGCUAUCAUCAAGCACGGCCUCGUCUACCGGGGAAACAUCCCCGAGAAACUAGAAGCCUUUGUCUUGCUCCACAGAUAAUGGUCGUGAAGGAGUGUUGGGUGGAUGAAAAGAGGGAGGUGGUGUUGUUACAUCUAGUGGAAUGGACAAGCAGCAGCAUGAUGAUUCAACACCUGAUCCACUCGAUGUUUGAGGAGCGGAAAGACACAAUUUUGUAGGUUAAGGUUUGCAAAUUCAGACUCUUUGGCGAGAUGGAGCUUGGCUGUCCGUGUGCACAAAAAUCUUCUCCUCCAUCAACCAGGAUCAUCUGAAAAAUGAUUGAGGUGAACGGUGGAACGAGUGAUGUUUUUCAUCCUCCGUUUGUCGUUACAUGGAACAACAGCUGUGCAUGGCCACAGCCUGAUCUGUGAGGAUGUGUCAACAGUGGAUUGCAACACGGACAAACGCAGUUGUAUAUCUGGAUGAACUGAGCAAAGGGUUUAUGUAUUUUUUGCUUUACAAAAAAUUCAAUCUUUUUUUUUUUUGCAUAUUCCACAAUGCUAUUUAUUGAAUGAAACUUGAGAGAUUUUUCUCCAUGCUGGCUCCAACCAAGCCUCUUCUCAAAGCAAGGAUUGAGGUGUUUCUACAUAUGCUGGGACUUCAGGUUGUUUUUUUUUUUUGAUUGUCCUAUCACUGUUGCCAACAGUCAUGGACCCUUAGUCAGUCAUCGUUAGUUUUUUUUUUUUGUACUUUUACAAUACAUUUAAUUAGUGUCAUGCAAAUCUGGACAUCUGCCAAGUGGUGUGGAUUCUAGACUCAUUUGUUGUUCACACUUCUUCAGUGUAUAACAAAGCUUUACAAGAAGGGUUAAUGUGUGUGAACACCACAAGUGCUUUAUUCUUCCUAUGCACAGGCUAGGCUGUUGGAAAGAGAGACUGUUGUAUUCUGUGCCGGCACUUGUCUGUGCAAUAUCUCAUGAGUUUUUUUGUGUUAACCUCAUUGCUGCCGUUUCCUUCAGUAUCCUCCUACUUCGCUCAACGAAGACGUGGAUACGAAACCAUUGAGCUGAUUGUUUUCAGAGCGAAUGAAUUUGAGUGAUUGUGCGUGUGUGAACAAGUGAUUGCAAGUGCCACACAGUGUGUUUCCUUGUAUGUUGUGGUUUUUUUUUUUUUUGAGCUUACAAAAACUGUUGAGGACAAGAGUUCUGGUGAAGUGGCACUCAUGGAGAUUCCAUAAUGCACGACUGACACUAGCCAUCGCAGCGGCCAAACUAGAACCCGCUGGAGUGUGCAGGCUUGUACACAGAAGUGACCUCUUAAACGUUCACACAAGGCCGACCUUUUAAAUGCCAUCGUUCUUUCAAUGAUCUUGAUCAAAAAAAAGACAAAUCUAGGGUUACGUUACCAACACUCGCCCACUGUGCAUGUGCAGCAGCAGCAGAAUACUGACCAACCAUUAAUUUCAGAAAACCUUUUCAUGAGAACUCCUGGACUUCAAACUCGACUACAGCAUCCGGUAGUUCUGCUUUUGUACAACUGUCGUCCAAUUGUAUGAGAACCCAAGACACGAACGAGCGGGAGGACGUGUCGACGUACAAAAUAGUUAAAUCUUUGUGAAUUCUCAUGUUUGCACAUUAGCUUUAGAUGUGUGGGUUGAGAGAAAAAAGGGCUUUUCAUAACACGUAGGAUUUCAUAUUGCAGUCUGUUAAACCUGAAAAAGUUUUUAAAAAAACAGACAAAAAGGUAUGAGGACUCCCAGGGCAACUUGAUUUGAAUCUGCACUUUACUACAGCGGAGUUAAAGAUUUGAUAUGGCAUUAAUCAAGUUCAUGUCUUAAUAACCAGUUUGACAAUAAACCCAUGUUGCACUUGU